AUGGAAUGGGUGAAGACUUCAGGACAUAAUGCGGCCAUGUUUCUCCUAGACUUCGAGAAAGCAUACGACAGGGUAGAAUGGGGAUUCAUUCUGAUGAUGUUAGAAACAUUUGGCUUUCCAACCGAAUUUUGUAAAUGGGUAAUGGUUCUCCUCAAAGAUGCUUUGGCCCAGGUGGAAGUUAACAAUUCCCUGUCACAGAAUAUAACUCUGAGUAGAUCUAUUAGACAGGGCUGCCCCCUAGCCCCUGCUCUCUUCAUUAUUGCAGCUAAUGCUCUGUUUUACAUUCUAAGGGACUCUACCAUUUCUCCUAAUGUCCAGGGGAUCAAACUUCUGAAUGGUGAGGAACUGAUCAAUGCUCAAUUUGCUAAUGACAUGACACUCUUUAUAGAACUCAAUAAACCGAAUAUGGAGGCCCUGGAAGGAAAAAUCUAA